UUCGGAGAGAACCUUUCGAUGGUGAGUGAGGGUGUGGAUGAAGGAGCGCACUCAUAGGUUUGUCUCCUUGCAGACUCAAAGUCAGAGUUCCUUGCGAGUUUGCAAAGAGGAUUAUGCGACACUAGGAGACAUUGUCCUUGUGGCAUGUGGAUGUUAAAAAUGGCGCAUUCCUGUCAUUGUACAAUUCAGGAGGAUCGUCGAAGUUGUGUGCUAUGGUUUAUGGCGGGCACAACGCCAGGGAAUAGCUGCUAAAAUAUGCAGGAACACCCUCCGUUGCAUUUCAGUAUGUCAAAAGAUCGUUGCUUCCUCUGGGGUCAUGAGUGUAAAUUUGGGAACAAGUUUAGACCAAGACGAGGAACUACCUGAAGUGGAAUAGGGGACGUAGAUACCACAAAAAUGGAAAAACAUACACAAGAGGAUAUUACCCAUAUCCAGAAUUUUCUGAGAAGAAUUUCGGAUGUUGAUCAUAGCCAAGAGGACGACGGUGAAGCUGCUCUUGUCCCAGCUGCUAAUCAACAGAAUUUUUAUGGGAGCUUCAAGGAUUUGUUUCUAAGAGCGCCACCUCCAUCAGCAGCAUCAUCCCUAUCGUCACUGCCACCAUCACCACCACUAUCAGCAGCAUCAUCACCACCUUCAGAGCCAGAGCCACUGCCACCACCACCACCGCUGCUUGAGCCAACGAGAUUCAACGUCGUAAUGUUACCCUUGUUGCAGGCCAAGAAGUGGGUGGUCGAGCAUCCAAAAGCAACCAUGGCAACCAUUGCAUUUUUACUUUCGACAGUGAUGAACUGGAUGCCUUACUACAAGGAACUCCACAAACUGGUCUGUUGGUGCAUUGAGGAUGAGUCUUGUGCCGUUCGAUUCCUACUCCAGCCUCUGAAGUUUCUGAUUCUUUGUGUAGGUUGAGCAUUGGGCUCUUGGGCCAUUCGCCGAUGCAUACUUGGUCAUGGAGCUUGUGUUUGCAAAUGUAUGUGUGCACAGGAAGUUCCAGGAUUUCCUGUUCAGAUCUUAUGUUUUCUUCUCCAUCAAGUUUCAUACAGCAACGAAGUGGAAUCCUCACACCAUUUCUGAUGAACUAUCCAAUCCUCUGUUUCUGAAACAGAAAUUGUUAUUUUACAAUGCUCAAUUAAAUAAAUCUUAUAUAUAUAUAUAUAUAAUUAUGCUA